AUGGACAGAAUUAAUUUAAUAAAUCAAUUUAAUAAUGUUGUAACUAGAACGCGAGGUCACAGUAUGAAAUAUUACAAAGAAAUAACAAGACAUAGAAACAGAGAGAAUUACCUAUUCAAUAGAACAGCAAAUAUCUGGAAUUCAUUGCCAAAUGAACUCGUCGAUGCGCAAACAUUAAAUAGUUUUAAAGCAGAUAAAAAAACGCCGUUGCACUUGGUGGCUUCGUAUUUUUCAAAUUUAUCACAGCAAAUGGAUGGAAUCUGCAGAAUAGCUAGCAAAUUAUUAAAAAACGCCUGCCAUUUCAAUGCACAGGAUGCUAAAAAAUGCACCCCAUUACAUUGUGCCGUGGAGAAAAAUAACGCUGGAGUGUUUUCGCUGUUUAUCGAACAGCCAACCUUGAACCUUGAUGUUAAAAAUUGUGAUGGUCACACGCCUCUCUGGCUCGCCCUGAUUACUGGAAGUCAGGAAGCCAAUAAAGUAAACACACAAUUUCCAAGCAACGAGGUGGUUUCGAAUAACAUAUCACAUCGUUUAUGUUACAACGAGGAUUACGAUGACGUUUAUGAUAAUGACAGUAGAGAUUGUGACGAUGACGAUGAUGGCUUUCCGGAAAAUUCUAUGGCUAGUCAACUUGUAUCUCACGGUAGUUCGGUGAACGUUCGAGAUGAGGAAACAGGCAACACAAUGUUACACGAAGCUUGUCUUAAUAAGCUUGUGAACGCAAGUAUUUUUCUUAUAAAGCAUGGAGCUUGUCUUGAUUCCACUAACCUAGAUGGUGAAUCCCCUUUGCAUAUAGCGUGUAGACUUCAUCUGUUAAGGUGUGGCUAUGCAGAUGUCGUCCACGUUCUUCUUCAAAUGUGUGAUUUGAACGUGGCCUCAACUAUUAAAAAAGAGAAUCGAACCACCCCCGAGUCGAACUCGAAUUCUACUUACCUACUUAAGUUCGAACACGAAUAUUAG